CGCCCAGAACCUGGAAUUCCAGAGCACCCAGGCCAGAGCACCUUUGUACCCCUGUUCCCCACCGGCUCAGGUUCCGCCCGCCCCAUUCUCCCCGCCCCAUGCUUGAGUGGAGCGGGUGGAGCCAGCUGCCAGGGCGCCAAGACUCCCAGCCCUCCCUCUGUGCACGGCAGAGUGGAGGCCAAGGGAGGGCUCUGUGCCGGCCCCGAUGAGGACGCUGCUGACCAUCCUGGCUGUGGGAUCCCUGGCCGCUCAUGCUCCUGAGGACCUCUCAGAUCUGCUCCAGAACGUGAAAUUCCAGUCCAGCAACUUUGAAAACAUCCUGACUUGGGAGAGCGGGCCAGAGGGUACCCCAGACACCGUCUACAGCAUCGAGUAUAAGACGUACGGAGAGAGCGACUGGGUGGCAAAGAAGGGUUGCCAGCGGAUCACCCGGAAGUUCUGCAACUUGACGGUGGAGACGGGCAACUUCACGGAACUCUACUAUGCCAGGGUCACCGCCGUCAGCGCGGGAGGCUGGACAGCCACCAAGAUGACCGACAGGUUCAGCGCUCUGCAACACACUACCCUCAAACCACCUGAUGUGACCUGUAUCCCCAAAGUGAGAUCAAUCCAGAUGAUUGUUCAUCCUACCCCCACGCCCAUCCGUGCAGGGGAUGGCCACCGGCUAACCCUGGAAGAAAUCUUCCAAGACCUGUCCUACCGCCUAGAGCUCCAAGUCAACCACACCUACCAAAUGCGCCUUGAAGGGAAGCAGAGAGAGUAUGAGUUCUUCGGCCUGACGCCUGACACAGAGUUCCUUGGCACCAUCACGGUCUUUGUUACCACCUGGUUCAAGGAGAGUGCCCCCUACGUGUGCCGAGUGAAGACACUCCCAGACCGGACGUGGACCUACUCCUUCUCUGGAGCCUUCCUGUUCUCCAUGGGCUUUCUUGUCGCAGUGCUCUGCUACCUGAGCUACAGAUAUGUCACCAAGCCACCUGCACCUCCCAACUCCCUGAAUGUCCAGCGAGUCCUGACUUUCCAGCCGCUGCGCUUCAUCCAGGAGCACGUCCUGAUCCCUGUCUUCGACCUCAGUGGCCCCAGCAGUCUGGCCCAGCCUGUCCAGUACUCCCAGAUCAGGGUGUCUGGGCCCAGGGAGCCCGCAGGAGCUCCACAGCGGCACAGCCUGCCUGAGACCACCUACUUAGGACAGCCGGACAUCAUCGUCCAGCCCUCCAACAUGCCACCUCCCCAGAUCUUCUCCCCACUGCCCUAUGCCCCAAACACUGCCCCUGAGGUUGGGCCUCCAUCCUAUGCACCUCAGGUGACCCCCGAAGCUCAACCCCUAUUCUACACCCCACAUACCAUCUCUAAGGUCCAGCCUCCCUCCUAUGCCCCUCAGGCCACUCCGGACAGCUGGCCUCCCUCCUAUGGGGUAUGCAUGGAAGGUUCUGGCAAAGACUCCUCCGCUGUGACACUUUCUAGUCCUAAACAACUUAGGCCUAAAGAUCAGCUGCAGAAAGAGGCACCAGCUGGAAGCUGCCUGCCAGGCCGCCUUUCUCUGCAGGAAGUGACCUCCCUGGCUGUGGAGGAAUCCCAAGAAGCAAAAUCAUUGCACCAGCCCCUGGGGGUUUGCACAGACAGAACAUCUGACCCAAAUGUGCUACACAGUGGGGAGGAAGAGACACCACAGUACCUAAAGGGCCAGCUCCCCCUCCUCUCCUCAGUCCAGAUCGAGGGACACCCCACGUCCCUCCCUUUGCAUCCUCCUUCCCGCCCCUGUUCCCCCUCCGACCAGGGUCCAAGUCCCUGGGACCUGCUGGAGUCCCUUGUGUGUCCCAGGGAUGAAGCCAAGAGCCCAGUCCCUGAGACUGCAGACCUGGAACAGCCCACAGAGCUGGAUGCUCUUUUCAGAGGCCUGGCCCUCACCGUGCAGUGGGAACCCUAAGGGGAAUGGGAAAGGCCUGGGGCUUCCUCCUUGUCCUUGCCCAGCGUCACAUCUUUGGCUGUCAAUCCCAUGCCUAACCAUGCUGCAUACUUUGCGUCCCAGCCCCAAACGGGUACUCUUGAGAGAAGCAGAGGGCAUGGCCUGCAGGGCCCCUGCCAUGGGUGAGCCCCCCACUGGAGCAAAGCAGCCUGAUAAGGACUGCAGCGGGGAAGCCCUGGGGAGCAGUCUAUGUAGACAAAUGUGUGCUGGCUGAGCCCUGCAGGGCCGAAAUGACAGAGACCAAGGAGGAAAUGCAGGAAAACCCCCGAGAUCCAGGGCCCCACCUUCUAACAUCCUGGAUUCAGAGUUCUCAGGGAAUCUGCCUCUCCUCUCCCUAUUCCUGACCAGUUUCACAAUCUAGCUUGACAGAGUGUGAGGCCCCUGCCUCUUCUGUGAUUGCUCAAAGGUGAGAAGAGAGCCUGGAAAAGGACACCUCGCAGGAGGCUGGGCAGAACCAGAACAACCUGCACUUCUGCCAAGGCCAGAGCCAGCAGGACGGCAAGACUCUAGGGAGGGGUGCAGCCUGGGGCUCAUUCCCAGCCAGGGCAGCUGCCAAUGUUGCACUAUUUCAGCUUCAUUCCUCUGCUAGAAAGAGGCAAAAUGAAGGUUCACCAGGGAGGGAGACACACAAGGCUUUUCUGCAGGCAGGAGUUUCAGUCCCUAUCCUGAUGAUGGGGUUUAAAAGGAAGGUAAGGACUGCGUCCCCUGAACAGGUACACUAACACACUGUACUAACAGCACAGCUUUGGAAACUCUGCCUGGGUUCAGCCCAUCUGGGCUCAAAUUCCAGCCUCACCACUUACAAGCGGUGUGACGUCAAACAAAUGAAUCAAUGCCCAGAGCCCUGGUUUCCUCAUCUGUAACAUGGGGAUCAUAACACCUACCUCACCGGGUUGUGGCGAAGAUGAGAUUAAGUCGUCGUUAAAGUGCUUAAUAGUGCUGGUACAUGGGCAGUGCCCAAUAAAUGGUAGCUAUUU